GUCCAGUGCCAGGUGGCAGGAUAUUCCGGGUCGCUGGCCCUGAGUUGGUACCUGACGGGGCCCGAUGGGCAGAGGGCAGAGCUGCUCUCAUUACAGCGGGACGGGGCCCUAGUGGUGGGACAGACGUACCGGGAGCGGCACAACAAGGGGCUCCUGCUGGCACAGAAGAUGGAGGGGGGGCUCUUCUCUCUGACAGUGGGGCAGGUGGGGGCAAGAGACAGGGGCAAAUACACGUGCCAGGCCACGGAGUGGCACAUAGGGCAGGACUCCAACUGGAGCAGAAUGGGCACUCGGAGUGCAGAGAGGGAGCUGGAUGUCACCCCACUGGGCCCCUCCCUCUCAGUGGGUCUCAGUGUGCGGAGCUCACAGGUGGUCGCUGGCAGCACAAUCCGGCUGAGCUGUAGGGUAUCAGUUGGCACUGGGUAUUCCCUGCUUGGCAAACCCAUGUCUUGGUCCUGGCACUACCGGAACAGCUCUGAUGCCAGUGGGGAGUUCCAGCAGCUGGUACAGAGGCACUACACGGGCACCAUGGCCUGGCACGACAGUAUGCCCGGCUUCCAGGGAAAGGUCGAGCUGGGCAUAAGCGUUGGCACCUCCACCCUAACGGUCUAUAACAUCGAGAGAGGGCAGGCCGGCUUGUACUACUGUAAGGUGGGCAUUCUCAGCGACCAAUCCGAUGCCACCUCCAACAGGCUCGCCAUCCGAGUCACUGUACCAGAGAGCCAGAUACAGUUGGAGACCGCCCCCGCGGAGCUGCUCCUCGCCAGGGGACAGGAUGAGAUGAGCAUUUCCUGCCACGCCCACUCCAGGGUCCCCGGGGCCCAGAUGAGAGUCACAUGGCGGUUCCUUCCCCCCGGUGGCGCCGCAGCCCAGGAGAUAGUAAGUUCCACCCAGGAAGGGUUCCUGACCUACGGCUCCGAGCUCCCCCCUGCCCUGAGACCCAGAAUCCUCAGCGAGAGACACCCCCCCGACACCUACACCCUGCGCAUCAUCAGGCCCAGUCAGGGCCAAUGGGGUUCCUACCAGUGUGCAGCGAGCGAGUGGCUCUUGGAAGGGUCGGGGAACUGGGCCAAACUGGGAGAGAAGAACUCCAGGCCGGUCCCUGUGCAAUUCAGAGAUUCAGAAGAGACGCUGCAUAUUCCCAAGAUGAACACGACGGUAGAAGUGACAGAGGCAGAGGAUGUGGCGCUGCACUGCCCCCUGGGGGACGUAAGGAGCUUGGCCUUUAGGUACUCAUUGUCCUGGUACUUUAUGGCCUCGGGCUCCGGAACCUCCCGGCUCAUCUAUCAGGCAGGUUGGGACGGGGUGACUGUGUCUGAGGAGUCACUGGCCAAACGCCUGCGCCUGGUGGCCCCAACCCGGGGUAAUUACAGUCUGAUCCUGCAGAGAGUGGGGCAGGAGGAUGCUGGACUCUACCAUUGCCAUGUGGAGGAGUGGAGGCUGGGGCCCGAGGAAGAGGAGUGGAGGCCCAAGGCUGCCGACAGUUCCGGGUUCCACAAGCUCAAAGUUAUUGCCCCAGGGGCCGGCCUUACUCUGAACAGCACCAACCUGACCCUACUUGCCCUGCAGGGGGGGCAGAAUAUCACGUUGCCCUGCCAGGUUCUCAGCCUCUCCGGUACUGGUUCUGCCCUCUCUGUGGCCUGGUGGAAAUCUUCGGGCCCCGGGCAGCAGGAGCAGUUGCUGUUUGCAGUCAGUUAUGAGGGGCAGUUUACAUACCCCAGACAGGGGGAGCUAGAGGGCUCCCAGCUCCAGUUUGAGAGACCUUCAAAGCUUCUCUUCCUGCUCAGGAUCAUGCAGCCUGGAUUGGGCAGUUCAGGAACCUAUCACUGCAGAGUGAGCGAGUGGUUGUCCAGCCCCCGAGGAACCCCAUAUCUACACACUGAGCGCAGGGCUGGGAAUAUUUCUGUCACCUUCCUGCCAGAUCAGUCAGGCUCCGCCCAGAUUUGCACGGUUGCCUCCAUUUUCCACUUGCUCCUGGGGGCCACAGUGCUGCUGCUCCUAUUGGUCACCAUAAUGCUGAUUUUGUGGGGCAGACGUUGGGGCAGAAGGGUCGGCUCCACCAGGGUGAAAGGCCAGAAGGGCCACAGGGGACUUUGGUUUUUUACCAAUAUGGCCGAUCCCCCUAUAAAUGGGGGCGCCGAGACCGAGGAGAGGGAACCAAUGGGACUAGCCCAGUAUGAAGCGACAACAGCAUAGCCAGCCAGCUCAGCAAUAGGAACUGCCCCCAGCAACCUAUCCGUUCCCAGCCAGCUCAGCAAUAGGAACUGCCCCCAGCAACCUAUCAGCUCCCAGCCAGCUCAGCAAUAGGAACUGCCCCCAGCAACCUAUCAGCUCCCAGCCAGCUCAGCAAUAGGAACUGCCCCCAGCAACCUAUCAGCUCCCAGCCAGCUCAGCAAUAGGAACUGCCCCCAGCAACCUAUCCGUUCCCAGCCAGCUCAGCAAUAGGAACUGCCCCCAGCAACCUAUCCGCUCCCAGCCAGCUCAGCAAUAGGAACUGCCCCAGGCAACCUAUCAGCUCCC